AUGAAACUAACUUUUGGAAGCGAUCAAUCUGAUAUAGAAAAAAUCAGAGAUUUUGCAAAAUGGCCGUUGGAGAUAGGAGAAGGUAAACUUGGAGGUAUCAACGAUGGAGAAACGGUUAUUGAUAUUCCAGAUGAUAUUCUCAUUAAUGAUCCUCAUGAUCCUAUAGGUUCAUUAAUCGACUUCUUUCCAGGAGAUGAAGUUGAAUACUUAAGUUCAGAUAGUAUAUGCCAAUAUAAAUUUGUCCACGAUAAGUUUGAUGCAAAUUUAUAUUCACCUGAUGUUUUAAAUGGUCUAAAAGUAUCGGGUUUACCAAACCAUAAGUUAGUUUUAAAAAUUGAUGUUCUCGUUAUGUUGCUCAGAAAUAUUGACCAGAAAAAUGGAUUGUGUAAUGGGACAAGACUCCAGGUGAUAUCAUUGGGCAAACGUAUUAUUGAGGCACGUAUCAUAUCUGAAACUAAUAUUGGAAACCGCACUUUUAUUCCAAGAAUGUCUUUAACUCCAUCGGAAAAGAAAAUCCCCUUCAAAUUCCGAAGAAGUCAGUCUCCAUUGGCUGUAUGUUUUGCAAUAACCAUUAAUAAAAGUCAGGGACAGUCAUUAUCAAAGGUUGGUUUGUUUCUCAAACAUCCCGUCUUUUCACAUGGUCAAUUGUAUGUUGCUUUAUCUAGAGUUCAAAGCAUAGACGGAUUAAAAUUGUUAAUUUUAGACAAUGAUGGUCGUGUCACAAAUAAAACUUCCAAUGUCGUUUAUAAGGAAGUUUUUGGGAAUUUAUAA